ACUGUGUCGAUACCUAAAGGAUUCGAAUCACCUGCUGUGUCGAGGUUACGUUGUAGUUAUGGCCCAUUGAGUGAGUGAGCUAGCGGUCCGCGUGGUGUUUGUUUAUUUUUCUUUUGAAAACAUUGGUUUAUGAGCACUGAAAAACAAGCAGGAGGCAUGGACUGGUGGAUAAAAAGUGGACGCUAAGACGGUGUGAGCUGUAAUUCGGAGCCCGAGUCGGAGUUGAGCAGCAGCCCCGCGCUGGAGAGCUCAUCUCCGGAGGAGCCUUAACGUCAGUGCUGGGUUAGCACAGAGGCAGAAAAAUAACACACACACACUGCAGCUUCUUCUUAUCUGUUAGAGACCAUGGCGCACGGAGGACCACCUCCUCGAUGGCUAAACUGUCCCAGGAGAGGACAACCUGUAGCUGGUAAAUUCUUACCAAUGAAAACCAUGUUGGGUCCCAGAUACGACGACAUGGUUCCAGAGGAGAACAGGUUUCAUCCGAGCAUGCUGUCCAACUACCUUAAAAGUCUGAAGGUCAAGAUGGGCUUGCUGGUCGAUCUGACGAACACGACACGCUUUUAUGACCGAACAGAUAUCGAGAAAGAAGGGAUCAAAUACAUCAAACUUCAGUGUAAAGGCCACGGGGAAUGUCCCACUGUAGAGACGACAGAGACGUUCAUCAGGAUAUGUGAGAACUUCGUACAGAAGAAUCCCACCGAACUCAUAGGUGUCCACUGCACUCACGGCUUUAAUCGGACAGGCUUUUUGAUCUGCACCUACCUGGUGGAGAAAAUGGACUGGAGCGUCGAAGCCGCAGCAGCAGCAUUCGCUCUCGCUCGCUCUCCUGGCAUCUAUAAAGAAGAGUACCUGAAAGAACUCUUCCGUCGCUACGGCGACGUCGACGACGCUCCACCUGCCCCGGAGCUUCCCGAUUGGUGUUUUGAAGACAGCAACGAUGACGUCGACGACGACGGAAACGUGAUCGCUCAGGACUCUGGACCAAGCUCAUCAGGCUCCAAUUCGGGCAAGAAGAAGAGAGAGAAACUGAAACUGGGUGCCGUGUUUCUGGAAGGCGUCUCGGUCAAAGGAGUGACUCAGGUGACCACUCAGCCCAAACUGGGGCAGGUUCAGCGCAAAUGUCAGGAGUACUGCGAGUGGGGAAAGACCGGCUUCCCUGGAGCUCAGCCCGUGUCCAUGGACAGGCGCAACAUUCAUCUGUUGGAGCAGAACGGCUACAAGGUUAGCUGGAAGGCAGAUGGAACACGGUACAUGAUGCUAAUCGAUGGCAGAAAUGAGGUGUACAUGAUCGACAGGGACAACUCGGUCUUCCACGUCGCCAACCUGGAGUUCCCUUACCGGAAGGACAUGAGGAUCCACCUCUCCAACACGCUGCUGGACGGGGAGAUGAUUGUUGACAAAGUGAACGGACAGCCAAUCCCACGAUAUCUCAUCUACGACAUCAUCAAAAUAACCGGCCAGCCGGUGGGUCAGUGCGACUUCAGCAGACGGCUGCUGUGUAUAGAGAAGGAAAUCAUCUUCCCUCGCUCCGAGAAAAUCAAGAUGGGCCAAAUCGACAAGACCAGAGAGCCUUUCAGCGUCAGGAACAAGCCGUUCUUCGACCUUCAUGCAGCACGGAAGCUCCUUGAGGGCAGUUUCACCUCUCAGGUCAGUCACGAAGUGGACGGCCUGAUCUUCCAGCCCAUCGGGAAGUAUAAGCCGGGCCGCUGUGAUGAAAUCCUGAAGUGGAAACCUCCCAGUCACAAUUCUGUGGACUUCCGACUGAAGAUCUCCAAAGUUGGAGGAGAAGGGUUGAUCACUCAGACGGUGGGGCUGCUGUACGUCGGCAGCUACGACAUGCCCUUUGCUCAGAUGAAGGUGACGAAGGACCUGAAGCAGUACGAUAACAAGAUUAUCGAGUGCAUGUUCAAAAAUAACACCUGGGUCUUCAUGAGGCAGAGAAUAGACAAGAGCUUCCCCAAUUCUUAUGACACAGCAAUGGCGGUGUGUAACAGCAUCCAGUAUCCCGUCACAAAGGAACGCCUGCUGGAGUUCCUGGACCGCUGUGCUCAAAGCCGCAAGCACCAUUCGGACCCUGACGCUCAGCUCAUGCCCCCUCCCCCUCCAAAAAGACCCAGUCACGGCCUCCCGUAACCUUUUGCAUCUUGAAGUUGUUCUUGUGUAGCAGUUUUUUUUUAGGGUUUUUUUUUUUUUUUUUUUUUAAAUAUAUGUAUUUGGAACCCUAUCCCUUUCUACACCCUGAUGAAGAGACUUUCUGAGAUGUAAAGUGACAUUUCACAGCUUUAGCCUUCCUACUCAAACAUCUACCAGACAGCAGAUGCUGCAUUUCUUUGAAAUCUCUUGUGUGGAGACCUUGUCUGGGCGUUCAGAGCUGAGACAUGGUCUUGUAUAUAUAAAAAAUAAAUAAAUAAAAAAAAGGGGAAAAAACAAUUAAAUAAAUGUUACAUUGACGUUUGUUUACCUCUCUUUGUAUUUAUUUUAUUGCGUUUUAUCACUUUUUUUUCUUUCUUUUUUUUUUUUUUUUUUAGCAUAGUGCUUUAAAGAACUAUUUUCAAGACUUUCAAUGCCACUCUCCAGACUGAUUGAGUUGGAUAUGUUUUGUGUAUUUAUCAUCCACAGAGACCAGCAAUCGCUUUAAGCAAUGUGCUGUAUUAAUUGUUUUAAAUUAAACAGGGUGCCGGAAGCA